AUGGCAACAUCAGUCACUUUAACAGCAGUAUCAAUAACAACCGAAAAGAAUUAUAUUAGUUGUAUAAAUAGUAACGACUAUAAAAAUCAAGAAAAUAUAAUUUCACCAAUAACAAAUAAAUCGGUAGAGCGUCGUAUGCCAAGUUCAAAACAAUCAUUAAUAAAAUCAGCAAUUAAGACAGAUAAUAGUUUAAAUCAAAGCCUACCAAAAUUUCGUAUACCUAAAAUAACUAGUUUUUAUAUUGACUCUUUGUUACAUUUCAGACCAAAUAAUAUUAUGCUAUCAGCAGAUGCUAAUCAAUUAUUUCCAACAGAAAUGAAAAUGGAAACAAGUACGUGUACUUCACCACCAAUAUCAAAUAGAGAAAGAAAUUCCUUAUCAAUUAAUAAAUCGAAUGAUGAAUUUAAUUCUCCACAAGGAAAAAGAAAACUUUCUUUAAGUCAAUAUAAAGAACACAAACGAUUGAAAUCGAACGACAUCAUAGAAAAUUUUUCAGCUGAUGUUGAUAUGAGAAUAAAUACAAUGGAAAAUACUAAGAAUUCACCACCAACAGUUAUCGAUGAGGAUUCUGCAGUCGUAUCGGAAAAUCAAGUAGUAGUUAGUCCAAAAAUGGAGAAUAUCAAUAGAGUAUUUAUCAAAAGUAAUCUAAGUGAACCAGGACUAAAAAACAUUAGAAAAAAAAAACUCAUUUGGGCAGAUGAAAAAAAUCAAGCUCUUGUACAAACAUUAUUUUUUGAACUAGACGAUACAGAAGUAGCAGAUAUGCAUGCAUUUGCACGUCAAUGUGCAGCCAAUAUAUCCAUAGCACAAGUUGAAAAAUUAUGGGAACGUGAUCUUCGUAAACAACAAAGUCUAGAAAAUAUUAAUUCAUCUGAUAAUGAUGAUAGACAAAAUUUACUAUCAUGGCCGACUUUAAUACGUAUUUUAUUGCCUGAUACAAUAGUUCAAUCACAGAAACGUCUUGCACAACAAGAACGUGAAAAAAAUGUUUUAAAAACACAUUGUACACCUUCAUUUUUACCUGAUAGAACAGGUGAACCAAAUGGUGAUCUUCUUGGAAAUAGUACUAGUGCAUCAAAUGAACCAAAGUUAAUUCCACUUGAUAAUAAUACAGCAUCGUUGGUAUCAAAUCAAGUAUCGUCUUUAAAUAAUAAUAAUUCAACUUCAACAAAUAUACCUUUAGUUUCAACUAGUCCAACAUCAAAUCUUUCGUCAUCAUCAUUGGAUAUUAUAUCACCUGAGGUUGCUCGAAUUCUUGCACAAGCAAAAGAAAAUUCAGCAACUGUAACUGCAAAUAAUCUUUCAUCAUUAACAGUGAAUACACAAAAUAAUCCAUCGACUACUAUAACAUCAACAAAUCCACCGUUAGCAUCAAUACAAAAUUUUCUUUCUUCUUUACUCAAUACUCCACAACCAAAUGAAACUAAUACAAUAAAUAUACCACCAACAAAUUCGACAGCUAAUCUUGUGUCGAAUCCUCCGGUGAAUGUCAAUCUAACAAUUCCUACGAAUUUUACUAUUAAUCAAUUAUUAGCUAAUGUUAUUCCUUUUAGUACAACACCAACACCUUUCAAUAAUUCAAUUAUUCAAUCAUCAUCGGCUAUAUUUAAUCCAUCACCAUCAAUACCAAUUACGACAGCAAUAAAUCCUAAUAAUAAUUCAGCUAUAAAAUCGCCAAUAGUUCCUUUUCUUUCUGAUCUCGAUCAUCAAUCAUCAAGAUUUAAUAAUAACAAUGAACAUCAAAAUCGAAAUUCUUUUCACAAUAAUAGAGGACAUAAUUAUCGACGAGGAUUAUAUAAUAAUAAUAAUUAUAAUCAUCGUAAUUAUUAUCAAAAUCGAAAUAAUAAUAAUAAUUAUAAUAAGCGAAAUAUAUUUCCCUUAAUAUAA